CAGUUACAAAACAAAAGUAACUACCAUGCAUGUCACUCUCACCUCCAUUAUUAUUAUCCUCAUCCACUUUCAAAACACAAGUGCCGAGAUGGAAUUUCAGAGGAUAAAAAUGCCUCCAAAGCGUUCAGCCAAGGUGGUGGUAACUAAGAAAGUUGUUCAAGAAACAGUUCAGGUUUCCAUACUUAAAGGGAAGAAAAAAACAAAGGAAGACACUCAAGAAGAUAAUGAAGAACUGCACUUGAAAUCCAUCACCAUUGAAGAUAAAGAAGAACAAGGAAAAAGGCACGAGACAGUUCAAAUUGCAGUGGAAGAGGAACCGUCUACUUCUUUAGAACCAAAAACCCCACCACCAGCAAAGCCCCAAGAAGAGCCAGAGCGUGAGCCUCCUACUCUUCAGGAACCAGAAGAACCACAACCCCCACCACCAACAAAGCCCCAAGAAGAGCCAGAGCGUGAGCCUCCUACUCCUCUAGAACCAGAAGAACCACAACAAAAACAAAAGAAAGAAGAGAAAGAUCAUUUAGGCAACGAGAAGUCCAAGGGCAAAAAGCGAAAACGACAUAGUGAAGGCAGUGGAGAGGAGUACAAGACUUAUGUGUUCAGGGUUCUGAAGCAGGUUCAUCCAGGAAUGGCCAUAUCGUCCAAGGCCAUGACGGUCAUUAACAAUUAUAUGGCCGACAUGUUCGAGAGGAUUGCAAACGAGGCCGCUACGCUUUCUAAGUAUAAUGAACGGAUGACACUGUCGUCCAGGGAGAUUCAGGGAGCUGUGAAGCUGGUUUUGCCUGGAGAUCUCGGCAAGCACGCCAUGGCUGAAGGGAACAAAGCUGUCACCAACUAUAUGUCUGGUGACGAUAAAGUUUCCAAAUCUUGAAGUGAUCGUAAUUAGGCUUUAGUAAUUUGUGUGUUAAUACUAGGAUUUUACUUUUUUGAGUGUUCUGGCCCUUCGAGUUUUGGUUCUAUAUGUAAAUUAGAAGCCAUGAAAGGGCUGUAAUUAUGUAGACCUGUAUGUUGUUGGUGUUGUGUAUUCUCUAUCUGUUCUAGAAAUUCC